AAUCCGUGACAAAUUUUGCGUGUCAAACUUAAGUGCCCGAACUUAUCGGGAAAGUUUUCCCUUGUCCGGUAAACUGGAUGUCAAAAUGGUAGAGCGUAUUUUGUUUUUUAUCCACGCGCGCUUGUUUUGUUAAACAUAUUGGUUAUUUUGUUAUAAGAAGUUACAGCUUCUCUCCCUUACACUAAUAGUCAGAAAAUAAAGAAAAGUUAUAAUGGACAAGGAUAAGAAUUAUUGUGAUUUGUGCAAGUUGAAUUUCACCUCAGAGCAGGAAUUUAAAGAACAUGGCUGGUCCAUGUUACAUCACAGAAAGCUUGACCAAGAGAAAGGAAGAGACAUUGUUCAUGAAUGUGAACUAUGCAAUGAUUCCAACUUUGGUCUGUUAGCAUUUACAAAGCAUAUCCACAGUGAAAAGCAUCAAGAUAAGCUAUCUGACUGGAAAGGCCACAGCAGAAAAAGUGUGUCAAAUGUUCUACAAGGAACUGGCCCACCAUCCCUUAUGAAUAUAAAUUUGAUGCCGCCACAAAAUCACCAGCAAAUGUGUACACCUUUCAGAUUUUUAAAUGAAUUACCACCACAUCAAAACAGGAAUCUGCUACAACUGAAUUCCAGGUUUCCUUCAGGAAAUGCUAUUCCAUUUAAUUUUUAUGGGAAGACACUUCAAUUACAACACAAUAAGGGAAUCAAUGCUAUAAACUAUGAUGCUUUAAGAGCUUUGCCACGACAGAACUCCAUGCUUUGUUCAGCAAAGGCUGUGGCAUUAAACUUUCAUCAAGAACCUCGGGUACAAAGAGUGAAACGAGCCAGUAAUACCAAUCAGAAUUCUUUAACCUACAAAAAGUACUUUUCAGGCGAAGAGAGCCCUGUUAAAAAAAGAAAAAUAGAAAAUAAAAAACAAAAAGAUGGAAAGUCUGCUCUGAGUUCGUUGCAGUUGAUGUGUCAAUCAAUGUCAAGUGAUGAUGACUGGACACCUGAUUCUAAUAAGCAGGUACAGUCAGAGAAGAAUAUCUCUAACUUAAAUGAACGCCUGCAAGGACUUUUAAGGAAAAGUCAAGCAGUCGUGGACAGAUACAGCAAACAUAGAAACUUAAGUAAAACAAAAAGAGACGAACGAAUGAAAAGGACAAUAGCAGGCAAUCAAAGCAAACAUGGAAACCUUUCAGGUGAUUCAGAAGACCAUUCAGACGGCAAUGCUAAUCUUAGUGAACCUUCUAGCAUCGAUUUUCAGUCAACUGUUGAUAUUAAAAAACAGCCGGUUGCAAAGGCUAACUUAAUAACGAAGGACCGAUUUCGACAUUUAUCCGGGAAGACACUCGAACUUUUACAGCAAACAAAAGAAGUUACAAUACCUGUUUCAGACAUUCAUGCAUGUUCAUUAUAUAACACAGCAAACAAUAGCGACCCAAAUCAGGGGACAAGCAGAGAUAAUGCAAAAAAGUUGAACAAAACCCAAAGCAAUAGUGCACAACACGAUGACAAUGAGACUAAGACAAAGAAGAAGAAACAGAAAAAAACAGUGGAAAAGUUUCUUCCUGAACAACCAAAAAAAUGUACAGAAAAGAGGAAAAACAACACCGCUUUAGAAAGAGGAAUGAUACCCCUAUCUGAUAAAGACAUAUUUUCAAAACCAAAUGAUCCAAUUAGUAAUGAAGUUAAUAAACAACUGGCUUUUAUUACUUCAACAGAUGCAGUUAAAGUGUCACCAGAGAAGUUUCAGGACACCUUACCAUUGUUUGAAAUUGGAACACCGCCAACACCUGGAACACCAUCUCUUGACUCACCGAUAAACACUUCACAUGCAAUUGUCACUAACCCAAUACAAUCUACUGUCAUAAGCUCAAUGCAAUCCACUGUCACAAGCCCAGUACAAUCAAAUGUCGCAAGCUCGGUACAAUCAACAGAAGACAAUGCAACAAAGCUUUGCAAAUUUAAAAAGAGAGACGGUAAAUUUUGCAAUAUGAAGUCUUUACAAAAAUUUUGUGACUACCAUAACCGAGUUGUGGAUGCAGUGGAGUUGUAUAUCAAACAAAAAAUUGAGGUGAAUAAAUCUAAUGUUGCAGAUGCUGUUUCGCUUAUAGAAAGUCCUGAUAAAUUAGAUGCAAAUGUUUCAGUAAAAGUCAAUAAUUCUGAUGACAGCUCUAUAUUGGAAAAUAUGUCACAUUCUACAAGAAAACGCUCCUUGUCGCAGGGUUCCGAAAAAAAUACAAGUGUAUCUGUUGAUUUUGCAAUGCUUAAAGACUCCAUCAAUACAAGUCGCCAGAGAUCAAAUUCCACUUGCAAGUCUUCUGAUAAUAGUGAUGGUGGUUCUUCACUGAUGAUAACUGGACAGAAAAAUAAUGUUAAAGUUGGUAGAUUCAAAUAUUUAAAAUUCUUAACUGGCAAAUCUUCAGAAAUAGACAAAAAUAAAUUACCACCAACUGUACGAAAGUUCUUAGAUAAAAAAGUGCAUAAUUCAGCUGAUUCUUGUGAUGUCUCAGUUGCUGAAAGCUCACUCAAGUCACCACAGAAAGACCAACCUACUGCAAAUGUUAGCUCAACAACAGUGACUGUGAUUGAUGAGACUGCAAUUACUACACCCAUAGCAGAAACAACAUCAAAUAUUGAUACAAAUACUCCUAACAACAGCACUAAAAGUCUUGAUGUGAUAAGCCUAAAUCAAUAUAACGAAAAUAUUACAGCCAGUCUUCAGGACGCAGUAAAUGAUGUGGUGAUGAUAAACACAUUGUUCAGUCUUCCAGCGACAAGCACAAACAAAAAAUUAAAAAAAAUUGACAGAGGAUUUAAUUUUCUAAGUCCUGUGAAAGUUCCUGAGGCUACGAAUUUAAACAUCACAAAAGCUGCUCAGACUAAGUUAUCAGAUUCAACAACUGGUGUAUCAACGAGCAUCUGUAGCAACACUGCUGGUACUACAACUACUUCAUGUCUACCUUGUAGUCAUACAUCGGAAGCUUCUACUAUUUUAUCUUUGUGUACUUCAUUGGAUAAAACUGUUCCAUGUUGUAACAUAUCAAAUGUAACUGCUAUAAGUACCAGUGCACCAGUUUGCUCAAAUAGUACACCAGGUAGCUCAAAUAUCUCUGACAGUAUGAAUAAUUUUUCGACUUCUAGUGCUGGCACUCACAAUUGUAUUAAUUCAGGUUUGGUAACAACGUGCUCUUCCACACCAGUAACAAACACAGCUGUGUCAUUUAGUCAAAUGGCAUAUGUUCGAAACCUUUCUGGAAUAUCACCUGUUUUAGAGCCGUGUAAUAAUCUAGAAAUAUUAGAUAAGAAGGACACUGGUCAAUUAAGUAAAAGAACAUAUUGCCCUUAUAAAGAUUUAAAUGCAAAGAGUGAAUCUGGAUCGUAUUUGGAGUCACUGUUGAGUAAACAAAGUGAGGAUAAUAUGUCAGCAAUGAGCAACAACUGGACAUCACAAGCUGAUUCAAGAUCACCAGUUUCUAGUCCUGACUUAACAGCAGAUUUUGAUAUCAUAAGGAGUGAUAAUAGAGAGGAUGAAGACAGUUUGUUUAAUGUUAAAGAAGAUGAAAUGAUCGAAGAAGAAUUGGAAGACAUAAGAUCUAAUCUUAGAAAACUGAGAAAACUAGUAUCAAAGUAUGAGGGGAUGGAAAGGAGAUUAGAAGAUUUUAGAAAAUAUAAAAAAAUACGCAAACGUCGAUUAAAGGAACAGCAAUUGACUAGUUUAGACAACAGUGGUGAUGGGUCACCAUUAUUAUUUUCUGAACCUGUUCAAGGUAAAACUACAGAGCAGUCAACAAAUUCUGUGAAACAAUCCAUAAAUGAAUCAUCAGCAACCUGCCAGAGCAGUAAAUAUAAAACACCUCCUGCAACUUUGAACGACUGUGACAAUACGUUAAACUCAUUAUCAAGUAGUGCUUUGAACCAUGAUGAUACUAUCAGUGAUUCAUCUCUUCCUUCUCUUCAGAGUAUUUUACAAAAAAGCCAGAUUAAGAAUACCUCAAAUCCUUGGGAUAGCGUUUCUAACAGCUACAGUGGAGAGAUCUCAAAUAAUACGAAUAAUUUAAAUAAUAGCAAGCAAAACGAUUUGCCUUGCUUAAAAGCUGUCAGUGGUACAAGCAUAACAGAUAAACAAAUGGAAGAUAAACGUCCUUCCAAAGAGACACCAGUGAAACAAAAAUAUAGAAGUAAAUCAGAUAAAAAAAGGAAAAAUUGUGAUUCUUCCAAAAUCGAUAUGGGUCUGCAAGAAAAUCUUUCUGAAAAGAGUAAGUGUGUAAAAACAGUAGCAUCACCAGAAAUUAAUUUGAAUAAGGAUUCGAGUAACAGUUAUGUAGAAAAGAAAAAUACUAUUUUGACAACUGGUUAUGUUCAGAAGACGUAUGGUUCCAGAAAUAAUGCAGGGGGAAGAAAUCGUAGUACGGAGCCGUCAAAAGGAGAGAAAAAAAGUCAAACAAAAAACGGUUAUAAAAAUGCUGAAGUGAGACCUGCUGAUUCAACUUGUGAAACAACGAAGAAGCGAAAAUGCGAUGCGACUGAAAAAUCUAUUACGCACAAGCAUUUUAAAAAUCCUAUUGGACAGAAUACGAAGCAAAAAAAAGCAAUAACCGAGGUUGUAAAAGUUGACAAAAGACUUGUUAGUGUUACUCAUAUAAAAGUGGCCUACGAAUAUCUGUUUAUAGCAACAAACUCACUCACGUUAUUUGUGUAUGAUAUGAAGUCACAAAACAAUAUGCAAAAGAUACCAUUAGAAGGGCUUAAAAAGCUGACAUGUUUUGAGGUUGGUAUGAAUCGUGAUAGAAAAAUAUUAUACAUUGGAUGUAAAUCAUCUUCGAUUGUUGGCUUGUGCUUUCAUUCCUGGAAUGUUGUGCAAAGGUUUUCCUUUAAGUCACACUUUAUGGUUACGUGUAUGAGUUUUAUUGCUGACAAAUUAUUUGCUGGAUUUACAACCGGGAACUAUUGUUAUGUAAAACCUGAGGCAAACACAUGCAGUCAUAUGUAUGGUCCAUUCAGUACUAAAAGACCUGGCAUUACAUGUAUGCAACCUGUCAAAAAAGAAAAUACAGAAUUGCUUCUGGGCACAAAACAUGGUUGUAUUUAUGUGAUAAGUAUGAGUGGUUUGGUGGUUAGUACCAUAUACAUGGCUGGAAAGAACGCUGCUGUUGCUCAUAUGCAGGUGAUGGACGAUACUCUGUAUGCUGUCAGUGCUAAUAAAACAAUCCAUAUAUAUGAAUGCACGCACUACAGCGAAAAAAAGGUGAUUGACUGCCCCACUAUGUACCUGCCAGUAUCACCUUGCUCUGUUUCAACAAUGCUUUACACUAUCCAUCCUACUAAAUAUACCAUCGUUGAAACAGAUCUUAGGACGGGAAAAUGCAUCCAAAUGUACCAGAGUGAGCACGGUGCAGGAUUAAAAAGUCUUUGUGCAAGUGAAGAAGACAAGGAGACUGUGGUGUACGCAGCAGCUGGCAAUGGUGAAGUAACAAAAAUUCGACCUGCACAAAUAGCAAAACAUAACGUCAAUCUCGUACCUAAGAAAAGUAAGCCGGCGGAAGGUGAAUGUUUUUGUGAAUAUUGUCACGUGAUACUACCGAAAUCUUUGUUGAGGCGUCAUCAAAAAAAAUAUACUUGUUUUACGUGUAAAGGAUGUUUGUGUUAUCACUGGAAAGGUGGUGACCAAGCGAUGCACGAUCAUAAGCUCCGUCACCAUGGCUUCAGCAAGGAAUGAAGAAAAAGAAGUAUCUUGUUGAUUUUGUGUUUGUGAUGUAAUAGAAACUGAAAGGAAAUAAUGUUGAUAGCUAACAGCUGUAACUCGUCGUCGACCUGAAAGUAGAUGUGUUUUGGAUCUAACGCGACCCAGGAAGCACUGUUUCUUACCCUUUUGCCAUAAAUUAGUUAUUUUUAUGGAGUUAUAAUUUUUAUUAUAGUUUUUCUUUUACAAAUAUCCAGUGCUUAAGAAAUUUUAUAUUUAUAUAUCGUCACAUUUAUUUCUCCAUUUCCUCUACUCGGAUUGUUUUUACAUUUAUUUUGAGUGAAUUUAGUCCAAGACUGGAUUUAUUGUUUUUUUGGAUUUUUUUGAGAAUAUAUUUGUUUAUUUUUAGUAUUUCUUACCGUAAUUCUUUCGUUAGCCCUUAAAUAGGUAUAGUACUCCGAUGCCUUGAAAGUAUUAAUUUUUAUAGAAGUUUUGCAAGGUUUUUUAAUAUGUUUUUUUUUUCGCGCAUCUUCAGAAGUUUUUUUUUUUAAUUUAGCAAAUUAAGCGAGAGUUACAAUACUUAUUUUUUAAAUACAUAGCGAUUAAACAAAUCACUUCCUAACAUUAAAUUUUCAAAAGAAAAUUUUAUUCGGUGUUCUUAAUUAAAUAUUUUUUUAGUAAAUUAAACUGGACGCUUUAUUCAGAAUUUAAGCUGCCGUGACAUUGUUUGAUAAUCUGCACUAUCGAAAAACAUAAAUUAACAUCUCCUCCAGAAGUAUACCUGUUAGCAACAUUUUCUCCCUUUUGCAAAGCCAUAAUGUUUUUCCGUGUUUUUUUUUCAAAAUAUGCAUAGAGGUGCUGUGUGAUUACAGUAAUAAUUUAUUCUUUGCUUGUGGCAUCACCUUUGAAAUCUCCUUUUUCAAUUCCUUUAAAAAAAAAUGUGAAAAAAUCUCCAAUCUCAAUUGUUUGAAUGAAAAUGCUAUCAUCUUCUCAAAAAAUCUCCUCCAAUCUCAAUUGUUUUCAGAAAAUCGUUUUUUUUUUUAAAUUUAGAAUGUUCAGUAAAUAAAUCCAAUUUAAUUAAUUUAUAUAAUCCGAAAGUAUAUAACCUAUUUUUUCUAAAUUCCACUAAUCGGUGUUUUAAUUAGUAGGAAUUUUGGAAUUCUUCUUAGGUUAAAUACGUAAUCAAGUUUUGCAGCCAUUUUUUACGAUUUGUUGGUACUUUUUUGUUGCCAUGGAGCUGAAAUAUAAAAGCGUUGUGAAUGUGGAAGCGCACUAUUGCUUCCAAUCAGUAAAUUUUUCUUAUGUGUUAGAAAUAUAGUUAAAAAAAUAA